GCGACCCUGGGAUGCAUUCAAGAAGAGGUAGCCUACAACACGACGAGUGGACAUCAUUUCAUAUUUCACUACUAGGUCGAUAUUUGCCAAAGGUUUUCUUCAUGCCAUCUGAAAUAUUGUGGAUUUAAUUCGCACAAUGGCAAGGAAAUCCGAAGUACUUUCGUCUUAUUACGGUGAACCACGCAAAUUUGACUCAACAUUCAGAGGUCCAAUUCACAACAGAAGCUGCACAGAUGUGCUUUGCUGUGUGAUCUUCAUGAUUGUUAUCAUUGGCUACAUUGUGCUUGGAAGUGUGGCCUGGUUUCACGGAGACCCGAGGAAAGUGAUAUAUCCCACAGACAGCGUGGGACAGUUUUGUGGACAGAAGGGGACUGCUAACGAAAAGAAAGCCAUUCUGUUCUAUUUCAACAUACUGAAAUGUGCCAGCCCUGCUGUUCUUAUAAACCUCCAGUGCCCCACUACACAGAUGUGUGUAUCUAAAUGUCCAGACAGAUUUGCAACCUUUGCAGACAUGCAGAUUCGUCACCAACUUGAUCAUAACCACUGGGAAUACUACAGACAAUUCUGCAAGCCAGGAUUCAACAACCCCAGAAAGGCUGUGACCCAUGUAUUGCGUGAUGAGGACUGUCCAUCAAUGAUAGUACCAAGCAGACCAUUUCUACAGCGCUGCUUUCCAGACUUCAUCACCCGCAAUGGAACGCUAACAGUUGCCAAUAGGACUGCCUUCCCAGACUCCCUGGAUACAGCAAGGACCGCGACAGAACUGAAAGAUGCAGCUAAUGGGCUUACCAAUCUACUUGAUGGCAAAGACAUGGGGGCGAAAAUUGUUGAGGACUAUGCCAGAUCCUGGUGCUGGAUUUUAAUAGGUCUGGUCAUAGCUCUGGUGGUCAGCCUGAUCUUCAUUCUGUUGCUGCGAUUCACUGCCAGCAUCUUACUCUGGUUCGUCAUCAUCAGUGUCAUCACAAUGGUGGCUUAUGGCAUCUGGCACUGUUACAGAGAAUUCUCCCUGCUAAGAAAUACUCCUGGAGCAGAUGUAACCAUCACAGACAUUGGCUUUCACACAGAUCUCCAUGUCUAUCUACGACUCAGUCAGACCUGGCUUGUUUUCUUGAUAUCCCUGGGUGUAAUUGAAUUCUUCAUCGUUGUGACGCUGAUCUCCCUGCGGAACAGGGUUCGGAUCGCCAUCGCCCUGCUCCAGGAGGGCAGCAAGGCAAUCAGCUAUGUCAUGUCCUCCCUCUUCUACCCCAUUGUCACAUUCUGUCUGCUGGCAGUGUGUAUGGCCUACUGGGCUGUGACUGCUGUCUUUUUAGCCUCAUCUGCAGAACCAGUCUACAAAGUGAUGUCAUCUCACCCUAAUUGUUCGUAUGCUAAUCGUACUUGUGACCCAGAGACCUUCAACAGUACCAACAUUACUCAGUUAUGCCCUGGCUCCCAGUGCACAUUUGCCUUCUAUGGAGGAGAGAAUUUGUACCAUCGCUAUAUCUUUGUCCUGCAGCUGAGUAAUCUUCUGAUCUUCUUGUGGCUGGUAAACUUCACUGUGGCCUUGGGUCAGUGCACCAUUGCUGGUGCCUUUGCCUCAUACUACUGGGCCCAGAGAAAGCCUGCAGACAUCCCCUCUUGCCCAGUUUUCUUCUCUUUUGCCAGGGCUAUAAGGUAUCAUACAGGGUCACUUGCAUUUGGCUCCCUCAUCUUAGCUGUGGUUCAGUUUGUUCGUGUGAUACUGGAAUAUCUGGAACAGAGACUGAAGGGAGCCAACAACAUGGUGGCCCAUUUCUUGCUGUGUUGCCUUAAAUGCUGUUUCUGGUGCCUGGAACGCUUCCUCCGUUUCAUGAACCGCAAUGCUUACAUCAUGAUGGCAAUAUAUGGAACAAAUUUCUGCACUUCAGCACGUGACGCUUUCUACCUAUUGAUGAGAAAUGUGGUGAGGGUAGCAGUAUUAGACCGAGUGACCGACUUUCUUCUCUUCUUGGGAAAGAUUUUAAUUGCAGGGAGUGUGGGUGCCAUUGCUCUCCUUUUCUUCACACAUAAAAUACCCAUCAUUCAAGAAGAAGUGCCAGUCUUGAAUUAUUACUGGAUACCUCUGUUGACAGUGAUAUUUGGCUCCUACUUGAUUGCUAAUGGAUUCUUCAGUGUCUAUGGAAUGUGUGUGGACACCCUGUUCCUCUGUUUCUGCGAAGACUUAGAGCGUCAUGAUGGGACGACAGAUAAGCCUUUCUUUAUGUCCCCUGAGCUCCACAGAAUUCUGGGAAAUCCUCAGUACAGUCCUCAGAAAUUCAAAGAAUAGUUUCUACUUCUGAUGCUUCUGCUCACACAGCACUGAAAGAACAGCACUGUGUCACUCCACUGCAACUCUGGACUAUUAUGAGACUGAAAUCAGAGAAAGGAUAUUGCCUGCUGGAUCCAGAGCACUAUGGACUAUACUUUUCUUGCAUUCACAGAAAAGUAUUUCUCACUAGUAGCUGAUGCCUUACUUCAUGACAUUUGAUGGCAACAAGGUUUCACCAUCAGCCCCUAGUUGAUUAUUUCACGUUUAUUAAUAAUAUUCAUAAAAAUAUUGUAGACUUAAGAUCGCAAUAGCAUGAACAAAAGUAUUUUGAUGUUGGUGUGUGUUCAGGUAGACUGUGGGUUCAUCUUUCAAAAAGUUUUGCAUUUAACACAACAGGAUUCACCCAGACUAACAGUAAUUACAGUCUCACAAUCAUUUAUUCAGGAUAAAGAAUUAUUCCCAAAGAAAUGUCUCUGGUAUCUGUAUUUUAAUUACUGCAUUUACUAGUGUAAAUGUUGCAUAUGUUGGAAUUCAACUAAUUGAUUUGGUAAAUAUAUAUUUUUAUAUACAUUGUGUUAAUAGAUUGUUUUUUGUAUUUUGGUGUUUCACUGCCAAGAUGUGUUUACAGUACAAUGAAUGACAUGACAAACAUAUGAAUGAACAAUAUGAAUGGUGUCAGUGUUCACAUUAAGCUCAUAGGGUAUGCACAUAGCCUGUGGAUUCUAUAAUGUGCAGAAACAGUUGCAUCUUUGCCACUAGAAUCUUCUAAAUACUGAGCAAUUUUUGAAUUUUUGUUUACAAUAUACAGUAAAUGUGAAAUGUGAAAGUAUAAUAGCACUGCGUUAAACCCUUGGAGUGCUGCAAUUUUAUGUCAUAAUUUACUCUUUUUUUGUGUGGAUGUAUUUUUAUUUUUGUGACCAUUUUUCCCUAAUAAAAAAAAAUGGCUCUAAAUGCCUUUAAAUCUAUUGAAUUAAUUCCCAUAAGAUAUAAUUAAUGUCAAUGUUGCCAGGAUAGCAUGUAGGUAGGUUAGGUUGGUAGGAUGGCAUGUGUGUGAUUCAUCUUUGAAAAUGUUCAUCUUUUGGAAAUGUGCUCAUUACACAUCCUGGGAAAGGCUCAGAGAAAUUUUCCGCAGGUUACAUUUUAACUUAUGGCUACCAGGAUGUAAAGAGACUUUAGACUUACAAUUCAGUAUUGGGUCUGUAUACUGAUAGGAAUGUUUGCCAUUAAUGGAUAUGCAUAUAUUGUCUUCA